UGAAUCUUUAUGCUUUGUUGGCGACCUACUCGUGAUAUGGACCACAACUGCAGAGAUAAGCGGGCUGGGUGAUCAGACCUAGCUUCCAGCGAGUAUAUAUGUGACAUGGGGUUCCCCUCAACCUAAGUAACAACCAACGCAACCUCCUGUCUAGAGAAUCUAGCACAAAUUGAUCAUAAAGGAAUGGCAUUUCAAACCAUCGUUUAUCGGUCACCCCUAGCUACAUAUGCUCGCUCCAUCCGCAAUGCGCCUCGACAAGUCAUCUGCAAUGGCAAUUUGGUCUUCACUGCGCUGAUCUUGGCCUUAAGCGCUGUUCCCCUGACAUGGGACCAAGGCUCAUCGUCCGUCAUCUCCCUUCUCCCUGGCUUCCAGCACCAUUUUGGUAUCAGCUCCGGCACUACACCAAGUGACAUCAAGACGUUCGUUUCCAUCGUCUACAUCGGCUACGCUAUCGGCGCUGUCUUGUCUUUCUUCAUCAAUGACCGCAUCGGCCGCUUAUGGUCCUACCGCCUAUAUAUUUUCGUCUGGAUCGUCGGCCAAAUAACCGCCGCUCUCGCCCCUAGCUUGACGGGUUUAUGGGCCUCACGCAUCGUCUCAGGUAUGGGUCUAGGCUCGCUCAGCGUUAUCGGACCAAUGACUCUUGUGGAAAUCGCGCCAAGUGAGACCCGUGGCCUUCUAACCUCGUGGUUUGUGGUUGCCAUGGCUAUAUCAUCUUUCACGGCCAUCUUCUGCGUUUAUGGCGUUUAUCUCCAUCUACCGCCUAGCAACCUGCAGUUCCAAAUCGUGUGGUUUGCCCCUGCUAUCUUCAUGUUCCUCUGUGCCAUCUCCAGCUUCUUUAUCUGCGAGUCCCCUCGAUGGCUUUUGAUGGUCAAUAGACGAGAAGAAGCCGUCAAAGCUCUCGUCCGUCUUCGCGGUUUGCCCAUUGAUCAUCCCCGUGUGCUGGCAGAACUGUCCGAAAUUGAAACAGCGUUGGAACAAACCGGAACCAGAUCCAGUAACAUUCUGGUCUUGCUCAGGGCGAUGUUUACGGUACGUUCUAAUCUGCGUCGUCUGCAACUGAGUCUCAUCUCCUACGCUUUCGCACAACUAUCUGGGGCCAACUCUAUCACAUCUUACUUUGUUCCUAUUAUGAAGCUGUUAGGUGUUGGGGGUGGAAACGUGGAGAGCAUGUUUCUUAGUGGAAUGUACUCCUUCAGCAAACUCUGGUUCCUUCUGUUUGCUUCAUUCUUCUUGGUUGAUGGUCUUGGUCGUCGACGGUCACUUUUCCUCGGCAUCACGGUGCAGAUGCUUUCACACAUUUACAUUGCCGUCUUCAUCAAAUACGUCCAGCAGGGACCCGUGUCCAACAGAGCAUCCCAAGCGGCCAUCGCGGCCGUUUUCAUCCAUGCAUUUGGAUACGCCGUGGGCUUGUUUAUUCUUCCUUACGUCUUUGGCGGCGAAUUGUGGCCCAAUCGCCUCCGGACUCUCGGCGGCGCACUGGGACAGACCUUCCAUUGGUUGUUCAUCUACGCCAUGUCCUACAGCCUCCCGGAGCUCCUUGCCUCGACCAACAACUGGGGAGCAUUUCUGUUCUUUGCCGGUUUUUGCUUUCUGGCACUGGUGUACGUGUUCUUCAUGGUGCCUGAUACAACGGGCAUAAGUGUUGAACAAAUCGAUGAGAUUUUCAACAGAUCAUGGUUCACUGCGUACAAGCACACGAAUCGACUAGGGAACGUGGAAGGUGUUGAAGACAUUCCAAAUGAGACUUCCAGGAUUGAAACCAGAAUUGCAGAUAAGGAGUAAAAUUAAGCACAUCGUGACAUCUAGAGCGAGAAUAUGAUAUAACUUCUACUUGCCUAAUAUAAAUGUAUGAAAGCAUAUUAAAAUGAGAUAGAAAAGAAAUCCAAUACUCUCCCUCGCUCUCUUUAACCCCUACCAUACAAGGAGCAAAAUACCGUUCAUCAUCACUAUCAGUCCCAUGCCUACAAGAAAAGGAACUGUAUUCACCAUCUGCGCCGCACCACCU